AGAUUUGUCUUAGCCUGUGGUGUCAGUCUUUCGGCGAAGAUGAUGACCACGGUGGGCUAGCCAGAUUGUAACGACAAAACGCUAAUGUUUAUAAAUUGGCGGUUUUAUUAGCUUAAUUUGCAGAGUAUUAACACAACAUAAACAUCAUUAGCCAUCCCUUAAGAUGCCUCUCCGGGCCGGCGAGCGGCAUGGCGGUGGCAGGUUUAAAUGCUUCCUUGUUCUACUGAACGUCGUGUUGUUUUCAGCCCGAGUUAUAGCAACUCAAGAAGAGAAUAAAGUCAUUAACGAGCAGCAGCCCGCGGAGAAGGCAACCACCGGUCACGUUCCCGGCCCGGCAGUGAGCAUCAAUGAACCCAAUAAGGGAAACCUGGGCUUUAUUCAUGCCUUUGUGGCAGCCAUCUCAGUCAUCAUCGUGUCUGAACUGGGAGACAAGACAUUCUUCAUCGCAGCAAUCAUGGCUAUGCGCUACAAUCGCCUCACUGUUUUGGUGGGCGCCAUGUUGGCUUUGGGACUCAUGACGUGUCUGUCAGUCCUGUUUGGUUAUGCCACCACCAUUAUCCCACGGAUCUACACCUACUACAUUUCAACAGCGCUGUUUGCCAUCUUUGGGUUGAGGAUGCUGAGGGAGGGACUGAGGAUGAGUGCUGAUGAAGGGCAAGAGGAGCUGGAGGAGGUCCAGGCUGAGAUAAAGAAAAAAGAUGAGGAGCUUCAGCGCUAUAAGCUGGCAAACGGCACACCCGACGUGGAAGCGGGGUCGACGGCGACCUUGUUGCCUCAGAGGAAGUGGCACAGUGUAAUCUCACCCAUAUUCGUUCAGGCACUCACCCUCACCUUCCUCGCCGAAUGGGGUGACCGCUCUCAGCUUGCAACCAUUGUUCUGGCUGCAAGAGAGAAUCCAUUUGGAGUAGCAGUUGGGGGAACAUUGGGACACUGUCUGUGCACAGGACUGGCUGUUAUCGGUGGAAGGAUGGUGGCUCAGAAGAUCUCUGUCAGAACCGUUACAAUCAUUGGUGGGAUCGUUUUUCUCGCCUUCGCGUUCUCCGCCCUCUUUAUCAAGCCCGAUUCUGGAUUCUGAUGGAACUCUUGGUUUCAUUUUGUACAUAGUCACCACACAACAACACCGAAGAAGUGGAACAGAGAGAGACUACGCAAAGACUGCGGAUGGCUUGCUUGUUUAUUUUUUUUUUUUUUAGUGAAUCUCUUUUGUGUGAGUGAGUGAGUGAAUGAAAACCAAUUUACUGCUCAUGUCUUAAUGAGCAUUUUGUUGUUUUUUUGCUUAAUUCCUCCUUGCUUUUCUUUCAACCAGACAUUAUUCUGUUUUUAGGUGAUCCUUAUAUUUCUCCAGUAUGCCACCUUACAGUUUACUUGAACUUGCCAGAUGUUUGUCGUUGCACAAAGUAACAUUUUAAAUAACACAUAAUGAAUCUUGAUUCUAUAUUGUUUUACCUCUGUUUGAGUAGUGCAUUAUGGAUAAAUGCUGGCCUGGGUCCAGUCUAUUUUA